AUGAAUAUCAUAGGUGGCAUCCGGACCCUUUUUAAUUACAAUGAUGGGAACCGGAGUAAAAAUAAAACCCGUAGUUCGUUCCCUUUCCGUGUCGUCAACGGAAUUAGGCGCCGAAUAUCGUGGCAUCCAUCCCUGAGGAAAAGGGCGAACUGUUGCGGCGUCGUAGCCUACCUUGGCAGCGCAGACUGCAGAGACAUACUCCUGGACGACAUCCAAUCCAUCAAGCACCGCGGAUACGAUUCCUGUGGUAUUGGGACUCUAGCAGCUGAUGGAUCCAUCGAAGUCACGAAGUGCAGUAGCUACAAGGCACCGGCUAAUUGCUUCGAUCGCCUCCGGGAACGUAUCGGAAAUCGCCACCUAGGCAGCAAGAUAGGAAUUGCCCACACGCGAUGGGCAACCAUGGGCCCACCAACAGAUAUUAAUGCACACCCUCAUUGUGACCCUAAAUGCCGUCUAGCACUUGUACACAACGGCACUGUCACGAACACAUCAACAUUGUUUCGUGAAAUGUGCGAGACGCUGCGAGAAAACGGGUUGGACCCCGAGCAGCUAUACGGCGAUGACAUGCAUUGUCCUGACUCUGACAGCAGCGCCAUAGCUUAUCUCAUAGGUCUCAAUCUAGACCUCGGCGCAGACACUUUUACAGCUAUGAAAAAUGUAGUGUCACGCCUAGAAGGUUCCUGGGCCAUAUGCCUAGUCAGUGCACACAACCCGCAUUCGCUAUACGUAGCUCGCUCAGGGUGUCCCUUAUUAUUAAUGAAAGACGAUGUCACGCGCUCGUUGCAUGUCGCUAGCGAAACGGUGGCGUUCAUGCACCGUGCAGAUGAAUUUGUCGCUCUAGAGGAUGGCGACGUCAUGGAGCUCAACUUUCCCGUCGUAGAAAAGCUAUUUAGCACGCGAAACGUCUGCAGAGUAACCAAACAACGAAUACGAGGCACACCAGAGCCAUACGAAUACUGGAUACAGAAAGAAGUGUUCGACCAGCCACUCGUGGCGCGUGUCGCGUUGCAACACUUGAAACUUGUUCGCGCUAUACCAAAACUAAGAUUUAUCAAACAGGAGCUAGAGGGUGUGGUUGAUGUCACAUUCGAUAGUGACGAUCACCUCGUCGACAAAGAGUUAAAACUAAUAUCAGAGAUAAACCCUGCUGACGUGCGACUCGAAAUCCCGGGACACGGUGAUGCGUCGUUGCUCAAAAACAUAGAAAAGCGCCGCAAAAUUAACAUAAUAGCCGCUGGAAGUUCAAACCACGCGGCAAUGUACGUAGCUUCUAUAUUUCAGAGGCGUGAUAUAUUUGACCUUAUUGAAACCGACGAUCCCACAGAACUAAAAUUAUACAGAUACGGACAUCAGGAUGCUACUUUCAUAUAUGUCUCACAGAGUGGUGAGACCUUAGACACGGUGAAAGCAUGCAACCUAUUGGCAGAGCGGAACCCUGACGCGAUAAAAAUCGCAAUGUUAAACAACCUCAAUACACUACUAGACCUCUCAUGCGAUCUCACCAUGCUCAUAAACAUAGGCAGAGAGGUCUCACUGGCAUCAACGAAAACAUUCACUGCACAAAUUAUGCUGCUGACGGCGCUGAUCGGUUACAUUGUUCAGGCUCAGGAUUCGGAGGGACGACACGAAGAGUUCCUCUUGCAACUCAAGGGUUCCAUCAUUAAAUACGGAAGUGCCAUGAGUAGGGCGUUACAGACGGAGGAGCAGUGCAUCCGCAUCGCCCAGAAACUUUGUAGCGUCGAUUCUAUGUUUGUGAUAGGCUCUGGCGAGGGAUACCCUAUUGCUCUGGAGGCUGCACUCAAGUUCAAGGAAAUCACAUACAUUCACGCGGAAGGGAUGGCAUCUGGAGUGAUGAAGCACGGAAGUCUAGCAUCGGUCGACUCCAAGCAGCGUACACCGGUAAUAUGCAUUAUGACACCGGACGAACCUGAGGUAACAGUCAACGCGUCGAAGCAACUCAAGGCUAGGGGAGCGUACCUUAUCAUGAUUUCCUGCAACCCUAACAUGGCUGAUGGUGCCGACGAAUUUAUAUUAAUACCUGAGUGUGGUAUGCUCACCGCUGCCUGUGCUAUCGUCCCUGUCCAAAUGAUGGCAUAUAGAGUCGCCAUGUUGAGGGGAUGGAACCCAGACACCCCUCGAGGCCUCGCGAAGACGGUGACCGUUGUGUAA